CUGACAUCUCCCCCUUCUCAACAGCUGCCACCAAAGGAACCAGAUGGACGGGAAUCCAUGAAGUACCGAAUGGUACUUUAUAGAUUUGCUGUGGUGGACAGCUCAAGGGCUGGUGACUGGCUGAAUCUCAUGAGGCCCAAUGAAUUUGGAUAAUAAUUUCCCAGAUACUGAUUUCAGGGAAACAUUUGGGGAAGAGAACCAAACCCAUUUUCCAGCGAAACAUUACCUGAGAUAUUUCCUUACUGCUACCCAUGGAGUCCCAGGCUUUCCAGAGUUCGUGGGUGCUGCAACAGUAGAUGAAGUUCAGGUGGGCUACUGUGACAGCAACAUCAAGACAGCCAAACCCAAACAAGACUGGAUGAGGAAACUGAUUGAAGGGGAUCCUAAACACCUGGAGUGGUAUUCUCAGAAAUGUCUUGGAAGUCAGCAUGUCUUCAGAGCAAACAUUGAUGGCUUGAAGCAACGCUUAAAUCUCACUAAAGGUCCCCACAUUUUACAGAGAAUGAAUGGUUGCGAGUGGGAUGAUGAGACUGGAGAAAUUAAAGGGUUUAAUCAGUAUGGUUAUAAUGGUGAGGACUUCUUAGCCCUGGACCUAAAGACACUGACAUGGACUGCUCCAAAAUCACAAGCUGUCCUCACAAAACUUCUAUGGGAUGCAGAGAAAGCUAGACUAGAACAUAAUAAAAACUAUUACAUCUACAAAUGUCCAGAAUUGUUAAAGAAUUAUGUUCAUCAAGGGAGGAGCUUUCUGCAGAGGAGAGAAAGCCCCUCGGUAUUUCUGCUCCAAAAAAUGUCCUCCUCUGUGGUCAGCUGCCACGCUACAGGUUUCUACCCUGACAGAGCUGAAAUGUUCUGGAGGAAAGAUGGGGAGGAGAUUCAUGAGGGUGUGGAGAAAGGAGAGAUUCUCCUGAACAAUGACUGGACCUUCCAGAUGAGUGUUGAACUCAACAUUUCAUCUGUCCAACCUGAUGGCUGGAGGAGAUACGACUGUGUGUUUCAGCUCUCUGGUGUUAGAGAUGACAUAAUAAUCACACUGGAUAAAUCUGUGAUCCAUACAAACUGGGACCCUCCAGAGAUUCCAGUUGUUCCUGUUGCUGGAGGUGUUGGAGGGUUUCUUCUUAUUUUGGUAGUUGUAAUCAUCUUGUGGAUGAAGAAAAGUAAUGGUUUCCAGCUUGCUGAUGGAGAAGGUUAAAGGACGAUGAUUGAUUUGGUGGAGAGUCAUAAUAGCCACACAUUCACAAACACUAACGUCUGACUUCACACUUCCAAUGGUUGCAGAUACAGAGAGGGCUGAGACUGCAUAAUAGAUUGGUACUGUACUAUUAAGCUGCGAUCUGCAGUAUAGAUGACCAGAAAUGGCAAAUAGACCGGACUGGAUGUAUACUUCCCUUACUGCAGCCAUGUUUGGUUAUCAGUCUUAGUGAGAGGGGGUCUGAAUGAACAUCUGCUGCCAGGAUCAGCUGGUUUGUUUAUCUUGGACCUGGAGUUAUUAUGUAAGCACAAUGGCUUUUCUGGUGGCUAAAACUUUUCACUCAGUGUUUCAUUUUGUGUGAAUGUGUAAAAGUGCAAUUGGUUGGUCUGAUCAGUGCUAUACAAGUUCAGUCCAUUUAACAUUUUCAGAAAGGAUUCAGCGUAAUCAGAUUUUACUUAUGUACAUAACAUGUUAUAUUAAUUACUUAUAUAUUAAUAACAGAUGUAAAUAAAUUGUUUGUUUUCACCUUUUA